UGUCAUGAGCGCGUUCAGCGAGCAUUGCGGGUUUACCUGUGUCCCAAACAGCACGCCACUUGGAACUUACACAACCUAAGCAUAGUGGUUGCGAAUAAAUUCGUAUAUGAAAAUCUUCAAUGAAUCAUUGAUGAUUUAUUAGUUUGUUUCUUUAAUUUAAUUGAAGUAGUAUAGUAUUAAACCAGAAUGCAUAGUGUUUCUUAAAAAGUUUUUGAAAGUAUAUUUACAAGAUGAGUGGAAGGAAGUAUUAUCGUGUUUUACCAGCGAUUUUUAUAUCUUUAUUAUCGGUUAUUGGAGGUUCACAAGAUGGCGCCCGAGUGAAGCGUCUAAGGGCUAAUGCUGUGCCAGAACCGGCACAAGCUUUGGAUGCCCCUGAACCGAUCACCGACACUGUGCCGCCAGUCUCAUUCAUCAAGGCUUCCGUGAAGGAAUACUUGGAAUUAGGAAUGGCGAUACCUGGUAAGCCGGGAACGGACUACCCGGUACUAGGCGCGGUUCCGUAUACAAAUUUUUACUGUGACGACCAACCUUAUCCAGGGUUUUUCGCGGACAUGGAGACCAGAUGUCAAGCCUGGCAUUACUGUGAUAUUGACGGGCGGCAAGCAUCGUUUCUUUGUCCCAAUGGCACAGUUUUCUCACAGGGGGUGGCAUCGUGUGACUGGUGGUUCAAUGUUCGAUGCUCACUCUCACCCGCUCUGUAUCCCCUAAAUGCUAGACUUUACAGACGAAGAAGAAAACAGUCAAGACCGAAACCACACAGGGUCAUAGAUAAGAAACUCAUUGAUGAAAUAUUUUUGUAAAUAUAUGUUAUGUAUUAAGUUA